UCCACAUAUUCUAAGUAGUGCUUCCUGGUUCAAGAGCAGAGCAAAACAACACACGUAAUGGAGGACAACAAACCAUGGGCUCUGAUCUCAGAAGUGGGCGAUCAAGGUUACAUUGAAGAGGUCACUGACAUACUGGAACAACACUUCCAUAUCAUCUGCCACAAAGACUUCCUUCAAAACUCUCUGGUGCACGGGCCAAAGAUCCAGGCCAUUUUGAUGUGGAAUACCCUACCUGCAGCAAAGCCUUCGCUGCUCAGUUUGCUUCCCUCGCUGAAGGUAGUCGCCAGCGGAGGAGCGGGCAUCGACCACCUGGAUGUGCCGUACAUCGCCAGUCUGGGAGUGAAGGUGACCAACACGCCAGGUGUAGUGAGCGAUGCCACUGCAGAUAUCGCGAUGGGUCUGCUUCUGGCAUCGGCACGCAGGAUAGUUGAAGGUCACCUAAUAGCUGUCGACCCCAACAUUACCUGUCUACCACUAAAACUGAUGGGAGUGGAAGUCACAGGAUCGACUCUCGGGAUUAUUGGAAUGGGACACAUUGGCUACAAAAUUGCUCAGAGAGGCAAAGGCUUUGACAUGAAGAUCCUGUAUCACAACAGGAACAGGAGGAGUUUUGAAGAUGAGCAGGCGGUUGGUGCGAGUUACCGGGAGAACAUGGACGACCUGCUCAAAGAGUCUGACUUUGUCAUGAUGGCGGUCAACCUGACCCCUGAAACCACAGACCUGAUAAGCCACCGAGAGCUCUCCCUCAUGAAACCCACCGCAACUCUGGUCAACAUCAGCAGAGGUCUGGUGGUGGACCAGGAUGCUUUAGUCAAAGCUUUGAAGUCUGGAGGAAUUUGUGCAGCGGCAUUAGAUGUGACUCACCCUGAACCAUUACCAAGGGAUCAUCCUCUCCUCUGCCUUCCUAAUGUGCUGAUCACCCCCCACGUUGGCACCAACACUAUCGCUACAACAAGAAAGAUGGUGCUGAAGAUGGUAGACAAUGCGGUGGCUGUACUGAAUGGCCAAGUUAUUCCCAAUGAAGUCAAACCAAAUUGACUUAACUGACGGUCCCUCAUCUGUCUGUAUUUAGAAGUAAUUUUCUAAUUCAAGAUCAAAUACACGCACAUUAGUUUGUACCCGUUUAGUCUUUCUGUCUAACAAUAUGCCAUUAUUACUGUGAUCAAUAUGAUUAUUUAAUAAUAAGAUAACAAAUGUAUAAGUUAUGAAACAUUUGAUAGUAUGCGUCUGCAAAUAGAUGUUGGAUAUAAAAUGUCAUGACUGCAUGAUUAUAUUAAUGUUUAAAUGUAGUAUUCCUACUUUAUUUUGACUGAAUGAUUUUCCUCAUCUGUUAUUCUUCAUACAUUUCUGUGACCGGAUUUAUUUGUCUUUUUUUUUUGUCAAUGCAUUAGAUACUUUUUUGAUUGAAUGAGGCGUUUUCAAGUAUUUUCAUUCAAUUUAUUUUUUUUUAUUAUAAAAUGAUUAGUAUUAUUUUACUAGUAGAGGUUAGAAGUAUUGCAACUAUUAUUGUUGUUUUUAAGAUUUCACUGUUUAAAAAAGGGGAGAGGUUUCAUAUCUUUACUGCACACGAAAUCUUUGCAGAGCUGCAUUUUGACCCUUAAUAUGCCUGAUUAUAAUAAACUAUAACUAUAAUAC